AUGCUCGGACUUCGAUCAUCUUUCGAGGAGGAGGAGGCACAGCUUCAGUGGGAUAUAAAUCCCAUCGUCAUCGUCACCCCGGAAUCUAUAGUCGAGAAACCCCACUCGAGUGGUACCCCAUCGACUAAAGCGGCGCACGUAGAUAAGGGUUCAAAUAUGUUUGAACAGCGGGAUGUGUACUCUGGGAAAAGCUUUUUUCUUCCCUUUGAAGAGGAAGUCGAAGGGAAAGUCGAAUCUCGUGUUCGUUCAGUCCAAUUGUCGGAUUAA